AUGCAUCACGGCGAAUCCGAUUAUCUGCUUCUGCAGGUCCCCAUUCGCUGGACCCCGCCGCAUUCGCCACGCGUCCUGAACGUGGCGAUGCACGUUGGCGAAACUGGUAACCCGUCCGUAAAAAGCCGCGGAUUCCCCGUCGCUUUGCACCUUCGUCCAGACGACGCAUCUCAGCAGCCAACCGCCGGCAGCAGCUUCGGCAACGUUCCGUCGAUUGUGUCCCCCCGGCACUGCCCUCUUCCGCCUCAUCCCCCCCACUGGCAAUCUUCCCCCGAUGUUCCCCGCGGGUCCGCGGCGGCAGGUCCCCGCGAACUCCCCCGGCAGCACUGCGGCAGGCCCGCGACGCGUGGCGCCGCAGAUGCAUGCGCCGCGGUUGCGCGCCAUGGCGGCGGCGAGAUCAUCCUAGAGACGGAAAGCGGCGAAACAGCGCCGCGAGCAGUAACGACCGAACCGCUGGUACCGGAAAAACCUACUACCGUGUCUGGAAGACCCGCAUCGCACGAGGACGUCAGCUGCUUCUUGCCUGUCAGCCGCGAUAACUUCAACCGACGCAGAAGCUUCGAAGAAACAACAUUGUAUCACCGGUGGCACGCAGAGGCCGGCGCACGCGUGGCGCCACUGCCGCCGACCGCGGUUGAGAAAGGCGGAAGCUUCGCGUCCAACGAAUCGGACGGUCCGGGCGAGUCUAGCUGGGAAAAGGAGUUUCUGGAUUGGACGGAGGAGUGCGCCGUUGGCGCCGCCGCCACGCCACGUUUAGAGACGGCAGAGGCGGCUCGAAGGGCGUCCGGCGUGGCGCCGCCGACGCCGCCGGCAUUGGCGCAAACGUCGAAACUGACGGAGGACGUUCGACCGAAGUACGGCAAUUUCUCUCUUCGAUACCUGGGGGGAAGCAAAGCCGCGCACCGAGUGGAGCCGCAUGAAGACGGGGAGAAGGCGCACGAUAUGAUCUCCCCGCGAGAUGACGGUCACUCUCGCGGAAGCGGAAAGCAUUCCCGCGCAAGCGGCGGGCACUACAAUCUUUUCUCGCGCAGCAGCAGCAGGGAAGACGCACAUUCCCGCGGAAGUGGCGGAGACGACGCGCACUCCCGCGGAAGCGGCGGGGAUGAUGGGCAUUCCCGCGCAAGCGGGGGGGAUGAUGCGCACUCCCGCACAAGCAGCGGGCACUACAACCUCUUCUCGCGCAGCAGCACGCGGAAAGAACGAGCCGUUGCCGCCGCAACAAGCGGCGCCAAUGCCGUUGCGACAGCAGUAGCACCUGGGGAACCUUCGCAAGUGGCAAGACAGAUGACGUCAGGAUCAACUGCAACGUCAUAUUGCGGUUCGGACUCGUCUUUCGGGGAUCGAACCGCCGGCAUCGGAUUUCCCUACCACGAUCCAUUUUCCGCCUCCCCCCACGCCCGCGCGUUUCCGCCGCGGCUUCCGCACCCACCGUCCCCCUCCAGCUCUCCGUUCCCCUCCGUAAUAGGAGUAGCAACGGCGGCGGCAACACCGGCGACAGCGGCAGAGGCGGAAAUUAAUGCGAUGAAAAAGCGACUGGGUGCGAAGAUGCAGUUUUCCACGUGGGAGCAGCAGCAGAAGGAGCGGAAGCAGCAGCAAGACGCGGCGGCGAGUGCGGCGCAGCGCGCGCUGAAGCAAGCGCAGGAGGAGCUGCUGAUCCCCAAGUACAACGCGCCGGGACACGCGGAGCCGCCGCACCCGACGCAUCAGGCGCCGCCUCACCCGCCGUUCCAGGCGCCGCACCACGCGCCGCAACAGGCGCCGCUCCAGCAGCCCAGUCCGCCGAAAACCUCCGUGCCGGAGGCAAAACUGCUGGAGACGAAAUUGCCGCCCGGAGUACCGAUAUUCGGCAGUAAAGUGGAGCACUCAGGCAUUUCCAGCAACGGCGAUCAUGGCGGCAUGCCUUGGGGCAGGGAAAUUCGCAGGGGCUACGAGGAGUGCGGAAGCGUCGAGAGUGGUGCUGUUGGGUUUGGAGGCGGAGUGGCCCGGUCUGUGAGCCGAGACAGUGCUGAUGGGGGGGGGGCGUGGAGGAGGGAUGGCGGGAGGAGCAACACACCGCCGGUGGAGCAUGGCAUGUGGGGCAGGGAGCAAGGGAGGAGUGGCGGAGAGUGCGGUGGUGUGCGGUUGGGAGACGUGGGGAGGGGUGACAGGGAGUGCAGUGGGGCGUGGAGGAAUAACUGGGAGUGCAACAGCAUGGGGUGGGACCACGGGGAGUCAUACAAUGUGGGCAGCAACGCGAGCAGCGUUGAUAACAGGGUUGCAAGUAGCAGCCAUGGCCAAUCUUCUUCUCACCAUCAUGCACGCGAUUCGGCAUAUCGUACACACAACGCCCAUCACUACUCUCCUCCUGUCAGCCACGUGUCACAUGGCUAUGCUGACUCAGCAGCCGGAGCAGCAGCAGCAGCCUUAAAACCGUCGCCACCUGGCAGCACGGUCGCAUUAUCCGGGGCAUCAGGCCACGUGGCACCAUCCCACGUGGCACCAUCCAACGUGGCAUCAGGCCACGUGGCAUCUAGUGGAGGCUGCAGGGUGUUCUCUCCGGAGCAGCUCAUCGCAGCAACCAAUGGCUUCCACUCCUCCAACCUGCUCGGCGCUGGUGCCUUCGGCCAGGUGUUCAAGGGCAACCUCUUGGGCUGUGUUCGGGGGCAACCUGCUGGGCUGAGACGUGGCGAUCAAGAAGCUUCAGGGCAGCGGGUGGCAGGGCGAGGAGGAGUAUGGCACAGAGGUGCAUGUGCUGUCGCGCAUGCGCCACCCUCGAUCCCCCUCCGUUCUCUGCUCCCUGCUCUCCCCUCUCUCUCCCCACAGGUAUUCAAGGGGAGUCUGUUAGGCUGCGAGGUGGCGAUCAAGCGGUUGGAGGGCAACGGUUGGCAGGGAGAGGAGGAGUAUGGCACAGAGGUGCACGUGCUGUCGCGCAUGCGCCAUCCUCACAUAGUGCUGCUCAUGGGCCACUGCCCCGCCAUCAACUGCCUCGUCUACGAGUUCCUUCCCGGAGGGGACCUUUCACACCACCUCUGCUCUGCUGCUGCGUCCCACCCUGCGUCUUCUGGUGGUGGCGCUGGUGCUUCUACUGCUGGUGGUGCCGCGGCGACCAGCGCUUUGUCUUCACUCUGCCGCCCGCUCUCCUGGCCGGAUCGGAUCCGAAUCUUAUCCGAGAUCUCCGGCGCGCUGCUCUACCUGCACCAGCACUCGCCCCCGAUCGCCCACCGCGACUUAAAGCCGCAGAACAUCCUCCUCGAUACAAGCCUCCGCGCUAAGCUUGCUGACGUGGGCUUGGCUCGCCUUAUCGACUGCGGAAACGGGGACGAAUACGGAGAAGGAGGAGGGGGGAAUGUGACGGCGAGAGUGAGGGGAACGGUGGGUUAUAUUGACCCGGAGGAGCUGGUUACGUGUGAGGUGUCGGUUUUAGGGGAUGUGUAUGCGUUGGGGGUGGUGAUGCUGCAGAUGCUGAUGGGGGACCCAGUGGUGAAGCAGACUGUGAAGGCAGUGAAUGUGAUUAUAGGGAGGCUGGACGACUCAGGAGGGAAGUGGGAUCGUGGUGCGGCGGCUGAGGUGGCAGCGAUCGCAAUCUGCUGCACCAGUAGGAGGCGAGCGAGCCGACCGGACCUUGAAAGGGAGGUGCAUGAGGUGCUGAUGCAGCUGGCAGAGGAGAGUGCUGGGAGUGUGGAGAGGCUGCAAGAUGCGGCCGACAGUCACCUGCUCUGUCCCCUGUCUAAGUCAUUUCUUGAAAGAGAGGUGCAUGAGGUGCUGAUGCAGCUGGCAGAGAAGAGUGCUGGGAGUGUGGAGAGGCAGCAAGAUGCAGCUGACAGUCACCUGCUCUGUCCCCUGUCUAAGAUGCGCAUGAGGGAACCAGUGGUGGCAGCAGAUGGGUACACCUACGAGAGGAAGGAGAUAGAGAAAUGGAUGGAGACCAACAGCAGGUCUCCCAUCACAGGAGAGCCGUUUGAGCAUCCCAUGCUCACUCCCAACAAUGCGAUGAAUGUGAUAAUCCAAUAA